UUGCUUCUUUUCAUCCCAGGAACCAAUUUGGGGCUGUUUUAUUAUUCCUCCAAACAAUUCACCGUCUCUUAUCCGUCUCUACCUAUGGCGACCGCCGGUGCAAUUACACCGCCGCUCCUCACGUCGGAUGCCAAUCCCUCUGCCGCUGCUCCAUUCCUAAAAGAAUCGCAACACCUCACACUUACCCACGAUGACCCAUCAGCCACCUCUCAUCCCGAUGAGUCCGAAUCCCUAACGCCGCCGGUGCCGAAACCGGCUCCGCUGUUCAUCAAUUCGAUCUCCGACUUGAAGGACCUGUCCGCCGCUAUCUCCUCCUUCCAGCAGUGCUACGAGGACCUCCACAACCACCUGGAUUCCAUCAAAAUCGCAAUUUCGUCCAAAUUGCCCCAGGAAACUCCGCAGCGCCCUCCAGACCCCUGCCCAUCUGAACCUGCACCGAACCCUGACGUAUAUGAUCCCGCGCCAACGAUCGACGUAGCCGAGUCAUCUCCAAGACCUGAUGCGUCUGAUGCAACAGUAUUGCAAAAACAAGAAGAGCCAAAUCCCCUUAAUUCCGAACUCGAGGGCCUCUGUAAAACCAUGUGCAGCCGUGGAGUCCGCAAAUACUUGGUUACUCACCUACCUAAUCUUACCCAGCUACGGGAAGAAGUGCCAAAGGCGUUGAAGCUGGCUCCAAAGCCUCCAAAACUGGUGUUAGAAUGUUUGGGUAAGUUCUACCUGCAGGGGAGUAGGGCUUUCACUAGGAACUCCACCAUGAUACCGGCUCGUGAGGCGUCGAUUUUUGUACUGGAGUGCUUUCUGCUGAUGAUGGGCAAAGAAAAUGGGCCUUCGAAUGUCGAGAAGGCAGUGCGGUUGGAGGCGGAGGAAGCCGCCUUGGCGUGGCGGAAGAGGAUGGCGGCUGAAGGGGGUUUGGCCCAGGCUAACCAGAUUGAUGCAAGGGGGCUUUUGCUGUUCGUUGCAUGUUUCGGGAUCCCCAACUCGUUUAAGAGGGAUGAUAUUAAGGAUUUGGUGGCUGCUGCCAAUGCCAAGGAGAUCGCAGGUGUACUGCAGAUGUCUCAGUGUUCUCCAUUUGAUCGUCUUUGGGAUAGUGCAUCGUAUGUUUGUUGCAAAGUUGGUUGGUUCUGCCUGCGAAAUGGCAUAACCAGUGCAUCGUAUGUUUGUUGCAAAGUUGGUUGGUUCUGCCUGCAGAAAUGGCAUAACCAUCCAAUAGGCGAGUCUCACUUGCUUAUGGUUUUUCUAUGCUAUAUAGUGGAGCGUAUGCUGAAGCACAAAAUGGAAGUAGAGGCCGUUGAUCUCAUUUACACCUUUGGGCUCCAAGAGAGGUUCAACCCUCAAAAUGUUUUAGUUUCAUAUCUACAGCAAUCCACGGAGUCUUGGGGAAAGGGGUCACAGACAUCCACAGCUGCACUGAAAGAAGCAAACAAGAAACAGCUAUCUACCCUGAAAUCCAUCCGCAAGUGUUUAGAACGGCACAAUAUCGACCCCGCACAGCUUCUCCCUGACUGGCAAAUCAACGAGAAAAUCACAACCCUUGAAAAAGACAUUGCAACGAAGGAAGACAAAUGGGCCCACAAGAGGAAACCCAGCGAAAGCGAGACAACACUCCCGAAAAAGCCCAAAAACCACGAACCCAAACGACCGCGCUAUAAUAACAACAUCAGCCACGGUCAGCAACAGCACAGGGCCGAUAGCCGGACAAACAAUUCGAGUCGUCAUCACGUUAGUAAUAGUAAAAAUAAUAAUAUAUAUCCAGCAUCCACACCGGUGGUGUAUGGGGGUCCAGGCGCAGGAUUGCUGCCCGAGAGCAUGGGCCCACCACGCGGCAGCACUGUCCAGUAUGCCGACACGUACCCAUGGCACAUGGACGAGAGGUAUGGGAACGGCGGGCAGUCCUCGGCGGGCGGCAUGGGGAUUCGCAGCCUGUACGCACCCCCACCUGCACCACCUGUGGUGGAGGGGUUUGCCAGGGGGAUUCCGAGCGUUGGGCAGGGGUCGGAUCUGUAUCAGUUUGCGGAUAGUGUGGAGAGCAAUCCUUAUGGGGAUGGGGGGAGACGGGUCACAGGCGCUGCUGCUCACACUACUUACCGUCCGCCAUAUUUGUACCAAGGCUGACCUCACCUGACCACUGCAUGGGAAGUGGCUUCUUGUGACCCUUGUUUUUGUUAGAUUGAGUACUUGAGUCGAUUCCCAUCUGUUUUCAUGUUUUCAAUUUGGCAGCAGGUAGGACUUGAAUAUGAGAUUGGGUUCUUCGCUGUGUAGUAAGUUCGCAAACUACAUGGUGCAAUGCAAGCUAUAGAUAUUGAAUAUUUUAGAUGUAUUUGCUUUUUAAUUACCACUUUCCACAAGGCCUGGGUCAAAAUUUCUGAACACUCGUUAGAAACGGAAGUCAGGCUCUAAACAAGACACAAUCCCAGGAUCAAUUUUUCGCUGAGCCGGAAUUGGCCUUGGAUUAGCACUGGACCGGUUCAUUGAACUGGCGGUUCAUAACUUGGGAGAUAAAAGAAAUGUCAAUUAUAAGUUGCACAAGUAUUUUUGUCUUAAUAAUUAAAGUUUUUGUAGUUUGCUUACUUUGCUUACCUUGAUGAGAGGACAUGAUGCGUUCUUCUACUCCUCACCGUCGCGGUUCUGAUUUCAC